AGCUGGAUGAGUUUCGGAAGCCGUGGGUGAGAGUUGUGCUGGUCGGCCUCAUGCCGAAUCCGAUCGAGAGCCGAGAUGACAACCGAUGCCGUGUCCCGAGCCACGGUGCAACCUGGCAUAUUGUCCACUAUUGCAACCGCGAGGAACACGGCCCGGGUACCGCGGAUGCAGUCGGCAAUGAGCGAGAUAUCGUCGAGAUGACCUUCAAACACCUUCACCUGCUUGUUGCUGGCGGCUUCGGGGCAGACCCGGAAGAGCUUCUCUUUGGACCGACAAUAGGCGUUGACCCGGUUGACGGGUGACUGCAGGAGGAUUUGCAUCAGAGCUUUGCCCGUGUUGCCUGUGGCACCAAGCACUGCAUAAGAAGGCAUCGUUGAUAGCUAUCCCGAGCCAGCACGGCAAACGCUUUGUGGAAUGAGAUGAGGGAAAGUCGAUUAUCGCACAUGCCUAAGUACCUUAGCUGGGAGGGCCCUUCCUGUCAGCAACGCCAAGUCCGAGGCGUUCUCGGUGACCGAUACCCCUCCCCGAUGCAGCUGUCAUGGCCGGUACAGUACCUGAUUGGCGUACAAGUUAACACUCUUUCCUCAGCAUCAACGAGCAGUUGAGGUGCUCUGUCAAGUUUCUGCUUCCAAUUCACAACCGCAAUGGCUUUCCCAAGAGAAAGAUGCAUCCCCAAAGAGAUCUCCCCGUAUAACAUUCAACUUUCGGCUAAAGACACUCCAGGCAAUACCCACGUCAAGGUUUUGACCCAAGAAAGCGCAGACAAGGUCUCUGAGCUGCUGAUGGUAAAUCAUGUACGCUACCACACUCUCUUUGAUGCCGUGGGCUUCCACAACCACACCGUGCACCAUCUUCUCACACUUUGGGCCCUGGGCGCCACUCCAUCAGAGGUGCAGGCCAUGUACGAUCUCAACAAGCCGUACCAAGCCCUCAUCCAGUACCAUCCAGCGUCAGUAGCUGCGGUUAAACUGAAAGAACCUGCAUUCUUCAAGCAGUGCAUUGGAAACCUGAACUACUACCAGGACUACGUUCGGUUUUUCCAAGACGAGAUUGCCGUGAGGGGGGUCCCGGCUGUCGUGAACGAGUACCUGUUCAAGGGGGAUGAGUUAUCCGACGACAUUUUUGCGCGCAUGCAUUCUGGCUUUCUUCAUCCCAUGAUCCACCUCGGCUGUGGCCUGGAGUUUAGCCAACCCUGUCUCGUCGCCGAGGCUCUCGCAGCGGGGUGUGUUCAUGACGAAUGGCCAGAGUGGUUCAUCUUCCCAGUGGAGGAAUAUUUCAAGUCGAACCCGGAUGUCCCAUCAAAAUCGCUGCUGGAAAUCGUCACUAGUCUUCAAAACGACCCCGUCAUUGCUAACGCCGUGACACCUGAUGACCCCCUCAACAAGAUAUCUGACGGCCUCUUGAAAAAGGUGGCCAAAGAGCUGGUGCCAUAUCUGGCCUCAUACCAAGUCGAUGCAACACCCGAGGACCUCCAACAAAAGACCACCGCCAUGAUACACACCUGCGCGUACAUUCUCGGGGCAGCCCAGCAUCCCGGCAAGGUAGAAGCUAUCGACUUUGUCAUGCUUCACAUGUCCACGCUGGGAAUCUUCUACCCGACCUUUAUGGCACAAGAUUGGAUCUCCAACGAAAACAAGAAGCGGAUGCUGCAGUGGAAGGCUUGGGGAGACGCGGUGAUGUAUGCCGGGUGCGGAUGUCCCAAGCUGUACCCUGAGAGGGUUACUGGGUACACCCCUAAGCGCCCCCACGACGGCUGGCCAGAACUCUGUUACCGGGCCAAUGUCUAUGGUGACGAUGGACACAUUUCCAAGGUCAUCCGGGCUAUGCUAAACACCCAGGAGCUACCCGAACCGGUAGAAGGAUUCCCCCUGGCGAAGAAGGAUUUCUUCAAGAUUGCGCAUCUGGCUUUGGACUCUGUGGAGAGGAUGCUGGAGCCAGGACAGUACAAAGUCCCUGAUAAGAUCAAAAAGACUGUGGCAGAAGAAAUGCGACAAGAUGAGGAGAUUGUUAGGGUAAUGGUGCGGUGGGUGCGUUGGUGCGGUGUGGAAGGAUCGUGGGAUAACUUCCCGGACCUUGUUGAGAAAUCACGGGGUGAGGAGGCAGUGGUUGGAGAUGCUAGAAUCGCUGCGACAUAACUUGGUAUCAUCACUUGUCCUGUACUGCUUAUUUGCCAAGACAUAAUCCACAGCCUGGUGCUCUAGAAUCCGAUUUAAAAAUAGAUACAUAUUAUGACCUCUUCUAUUUCAUGUAGUAUACUACUAUAUCGUUAUUAGCCUUAUAUUAAUACAAGCGUAUUGCAUGUUAUCC